AUGCCGGAGGACAAGUCAUCAGUAGCGUCCAAAAGACUCAACCAGGUCUCUGCGCAUCUCUCGGCGCAAAGGCUCCCUCCCGACUAUGCGGAUGUGCGCUCCCAAAUCAGUACCCUCCGCACAAUUGCCGCUACACCUGACAUCAAUCGUCGUGGCUACAUUCGACAGAAGCAAGCAGGGAAGCUCUGGGUGCGGGAACGCCUCGAAGAACUCCUCGACCGCGAUAGCUUCCAAGAGAUUGGCUCGUUAUCCGGCACAGUAACAUGGGAGAAGACUGGACCCAUGCAGGAGAAGCCCGUUUCAUUCGUGCCGAGUAAUAAUGUCCAGGGGAUGGGGAAGCUGCGUGGUCGCCGAGUACUUCUCACCGCAGAUGACUUCUCUCUUCGGAGUGGACAUGCAGAUGGCGCCACUGCAGGAAAGACAAUCUACUUGGAGAAACUAGCUUUAGCACUCAAGUUGCCCGUCGUGAAGCUUGUCGAUGGCAGCUCAGGUGGAGGAAGUGUCACUACCAUCCGCAAGGAAGGUUGGAGUUACCUGCCCCAUGUGUCAAUGUACAAACAUGUGGUGGAUCAGCUGAAUCAAGGCAUUCCAAAUCUGGGAGCAGUAGUUGGGCCGGCUAUUGGCCUUGGAGCCGCCCGCGUCGUCUCCUGCCACUUCUCUGUCAUGGCUGCAGAUGUAGGCUCGCUCUUUAAUGCAGGCCCCGAGGUGGUCAAAGGGGCAACAUUUGAAGAGGGGCUGGACUUUCAGUCAUUGGGCGGCCCUCUGAUACACUGCACUAAUGGGACAAUAGAUAAUCUCGCUGCCAACGAAGUUGAAUGCUACGAGCAGAUCCGGACUGUCCUAGGAUUUCUGCCUAACUGUGGUCGAGAGGCGCCACCUGUGGUCGCCAGCGAUGACCCCGAAGACCGUGAGGAUGAGGCGCUACGUCAGAUUAUUCCUCGCCGACAGGCAAGAAUGUAUAACCCACGAACCAUCAUCACUAGCGUGGUUGAUCGCGACUCGUGGUUCGAGAUUGGCGCCCUCUGGGGUCGUACUGCUAUCGGUGGUCUAGCAAGGCUAGGAGGGCGGCCUAUUGGAGUAGUUUCCUUGGACUGCGAAGUAAACAGCGGAGCACUCGACGCAGCUGGAAGCCAGAAAUUGACGAGGUUGUUGAAGCUUUGUGAUGUGAUGAACCUGCCUGUGUUGCAGUUCAUUGACGUUCCCGGUUACGCCAUCGGAACCGCUGCCGAGCGCACUGCGACAAUGCGAUGGGGGGUUGAGCUAGCCAAGACCUACAACUCGACUACAAUGCCAAUGUUCAAUGUAAUCACUCGACGAGUGUACGGUGUGGCUGGUGGACAGUGGGGAUCUCUGCCACUCGAAGGAGGCAUCGAAGUUGCCCAUCGACAUGAGCUGCGCGAGGCAGAAAAAGAAGGCCGGAAGGCUGAGCGAUACCAGGAACUAGAUGAAGAAUACCGGCGAUUGAUGAAUCCGGUGCGCACAGCGAAUGCGUUCGGCAUCGAGGAGAUCAUUGAUCCUAAAGACACGAGAAAGGUGUGCUGUGCAUGGGCACGGCAUGCGUAUAAGGUUAUGAUACCGGAGAGAUUGGCGGAUCGGGCUGCUGGGAGGAUUCAACCAGUGUUCUCUUAG